AUGAAAAGCUGCUUGAGUUUUGCUCACACUGCAAUGUUAUUGAAGGAACUCGUUGUUGUUAAUUCCAUAAGAAAAAUUAAUGAGGAAGGGGAAACUAGUAAAUCCAACAAUCAGGAGCCUGCACAAGUGAAUGUUAAGGAUCUGAUAGUUCUCGCCAACAGGUAUCAGAAGGUUUAUAGCAGUGUAGACAAUGUCAGAACUAAAGUGGGAAAUAAAGACCAAAAUAAAGAAAUUAUGAUUCUGAAAGAAUCCAGCUUAAAGGAAAUUGAGUUUGUGGAUGCAACUCAAUUAUCUAAUAUUGAAGAUGGUUUGAUUAUAACACAAAAAGGCACUGAAGAUUUCUUAAAGAAAUCACGGGCUAAUAUGGUAGAGAAGAAUAAUGAGGACUAUUUGACUGAAUCAAAUGAGGAACAAGAUUUCCAGUUGGCAAUAUCCAAAUCAAGAUAG